UUAAUGGAUUUUUGGAACAGGGAGAUGGAAUAAGAGUUUGCUGCAUCCACUCCACACAUCGACCUGGUUUUGCAAUACCUCCAGGAAUUGUGUCUCCCUCCUUAAAAUUAGGGUUGCUACCAAGCACCGAAGGCCUAUGCUUAUAAUCCUAGCCACUCAGGAGACAGAGAACAGGAGGAUCAUGUUUUACAGCCAGCUGGGGCAAAAUAGUUCAUAAGACCCUAUCUUUUAAUAGCCAACACAAAAAUGUCUCAAGUGGUAGAGCAUGAGGACCUGAGUUCAAACCUCAGUAUUGCCCAAAAAUAGUAAGCCUUGUUUCAAAAGAAGUGUCUGCCUUUCUCUUGAAAUCUGUAACGGAUAGCGCAUAGUCUGCUGGCCUUGUCCUUAUUAGGAGCCCUCACGACCUCCAGCACAGUCCUGUGAAAGUUCUUCUAAACGUUUGUGGGCAAGGCAUGACAGUGUACACCUGUAGUCCCAGAAUUCUGGAGGCUGAGACAAAAGGAUCAUGAGUUUGAAGCCAAAUGAGCUACAUAGCAAUUUCCAGGCCAACCUGAACUGCACAGUGAGUGCAUGUCUUAAAGGAAAUGCGGGUAACAGUGAAAACAAAUAUGUUGAAAAUGAAUGGUGCCAUGUUUCUGUGUCACUACAUGUUGGUUAAUAAAGAAAGGAUUGUCAUUUCCUCAGAUCAGACAUGGGCUGGACGUAAUGAUCAACCAGAGAGAGGCAAGAAGGGGAAGAUUAUUUGUCACUUUCUUUAACAAGUAUUUUUUGAGAACCAUCCUCUGUCAGGUAUGGCACUUGCCCUCAGGGGAUAAAGGGAGCCACAAGACAUAUAUGGUCCUCCCAUCACAAAGCUUAUCAUCUACGGGAGACUGUAAAUAAUCUGACAAAGGAGCUUUCUAUCCUACCUCGUGUCCUGGGGGAAAUCAUUGGAGUGCAAUCAGAGUGAGUGUCAGUGAGCACAGGAGAGCCGGCAUCACAGGUCAGAGUGGGUGGUAGGGCAGAGCAGGACGGGGAGAGGGGGAGUUGGAGACCUCUCUAGAGAGUGGAGGCCUGAGCAGAAAUGAGCUGGGCACAGGACUGGAGUGGAACUGCUCCAGGGACAGCUGACAGAUUCCUAAAGGCCUCAGAGUUGGAAGGAACUCAGAGGAUUCUGGGAAAAUCAAGGAAGCCAGUGUUAGUAAAGCCAUAAGAGAGAGAAGCUCAUAUAGGGCCUUCUGGACCAUUCCAAGGAUUUUAAUUAUUUUCUACAGGCAAGAUGAAAUCACUAGGGAAUUUAAACGAGAAAAAAUGAAAUAGAAUUUUUGUUUUUUAAAUUAUGUCUGAUGGUAGAGUAGGAAAGAAAUUGAAUUACAAAUCUGUCACAUUGCAAACAAAUGGCAGUGAAUUGCAUCAGCAUGAAGAUGGAGAGAAAUGGAUAAUUUUGAGGUUUUUGAAAGUGGAGAUGAUAGGGAUUGGUGAUGGGCUGAUGCAAGUGAGGAAAGAAGAGGUAUAGACAACUCCAAGACUGGCAAUGCCAUUCACUGAGACAGGAAUCAUGGCUGGGGACACAGGUCAAUGUUCCGUUAUGGCCAGCCUCUGUUUCAGAUGCCCAUGAAAUGCCCAAAUGAGAAGCUGAGAGCAACGAAACGUCGGGAAAUCUGAGCUAGGUGUAGAGCACAGAGGACAGGUGAACUACAUGACAGUGAGGCCUUCUAGGUAGAGAAGGGGAAGGAACCAGAACGAGUGCAUUGGAUGCACUGGAAGCAUUUAUGUUUGUGUAAAGGAAAAGAAGCAACCUGAAGAUGAAGAGUUGGUGCAGUUUUGGGAAAUGGAGCAGAGGAAACAAAGUAGCAAGUUUAUGGCAGAAAAAUAAAUGUUGGCUACAGGAGUUUGGAAUUCUAAUUACUGUCCUGUCCAUGAUACAGUUAUGUUUCUUUAUCUACAGGAAUUCAACCAGAAUGGCAGCCCAGUACGAAGGUGUGAGUUCCUGCCCUGGCAAAGCAGGAACCAGCCAUGGGCUUGGAAACCAAGAUACCAGAAAUUCCCAACUGAGAAUUGUCUUGGUGGGUAAAACUGGAGCAGGAAAAAGUGCGACAGGGAACAGCGUCCUCGGAGAGAAAGUAUUUCCCUCUGGCAUUAGUGCACAAUCCAUUACCAAGUGCUGUGACAAAAAGAUGAGCGUGUGGAACGGAAUAGAAAUUGUUGUUGUCGACACACCUGGUGUUUUUGACACUGAUCUACAGGAUGCUGUCACACGCAAAGAGAUUGCUCGCUGUGUCCUCCUGACCUCCCCAGGCCCUCACGCUCUGGUCUUGGUGGUCCCCCUGGGCCGCUUCACCAAGGAAGAGCAUAAGGCCACAGAGAUGAUCCUGAAUAUGUUUGGAGACAGGGCUAGAAGAUUCAUGAUUCUCUUAUUCACCAGGAAAGAUGACUUGGGCGACACUGAUUUCCAUGAUUACGUAGGGGAAGAUCCAGAAGGCAUUCAAGAGCUGGUGGGCAAGUUCAGAGGUCGCUACUGUGUGUUCAACAACAGGGCAACAGGAGCUGAGCAGGAGGACCAGAGGGCACAGCUGCUCACCCUGGUGCAGUGCAUCGUGAGGGAGAAUGGUGGAAGAUGCUACACCGACAAGAUGUACCAAAAAGCUGAGGAGGAGAUUCAGAAACAAAUUCAGGUGAUACAAGAAAAUUACCAAGCCCAGCUAGAGAGAGAGAAAGCACAGAUAAGAAAGAAGUAUGAAGAGAAAAUCAGAAAGCUGGAAGAUGAGCUGGAUCGGGAAAAGAGAAGGGCACAAAUGGAGAGGGAAUGCUCAGAAAGGGAGGCUCACUUUACUCAGAAGCAGCGAGACGCCAGAAUGGAAGUUGAGGAGCAAUAUGGGAUCCUUGAGUUAAUCUUAAAAGCAUGGGAAAUUGCACGCUUUUUCAUACAGCUGUUUAAAGAGUAACAAAAUGUUUUUCUAUACUUUCUGCAUUUUCUGUGAUGACUGUGCCCUAGAGGACACAUUCAUCAAAGUCUGAGUGCUAUACCUUCUGUCUUUCAGGACUGGGGAGUACAGUUCCCAUUGGCAGUCAAUAGAUAGCCUAUUGAUUUAGCAAAAGAGUGACAAUUUCUCAAUCUGUGAAACUGUGAAGUCAAAAGUAUUGAUGCUUGCUACCUGUAAAGUCUUCCUCAGAGACACAGGAAAGGAAUGCAGAGCAGAGCAGAGUCGUCCAGGCUUUACUCAGCAGUUGUCCUCUAUUUUCCUGGCAGAUAGUCUCUGUCUGAAGCUUCUGCUCACUUAUUUUUACUCUAAGGCAAUAGCAUAUAGUUUGUUGGAAAGCUCAGUUAUUUGAAUAGGGAAAUCUUAUAGACAGACAUGGCUUAGAAUUCUUUCUGAAUGAAUGUCAAGUUGUUUACUUCAUUUUCACAGAAGGACUCAAAUAGUUCCUUAUGUAACCCUUUGAAAAGCAGAAAGUUAUCUGACAAACAGAUCUCAGAACUCAACUAAGUAAUAAUCCCCAAAACCCAGGAGUGAAAGACAGCAAUUCAGCAGAUAAGACAGCAGUGUGUGGCAUAUUCAGGUGUCUCUGUGGAAACUCUCCGGCCAGCCUUAACUUAUCCAGUUUGAUGAGCAAUCAGUCCUCUCAUUUUCUUGAGAAAUGAACUGCAACCCCACCUUCAUCACCUCACCCCUCGCCUACUUAAUGUUUGGUGGGUUUUCCUCACACUUCUGCUCCAACCCAACUGAAUGGUUUGCUUGUUGCUACUGCAA